UCUUUGACUUAUCUGGUGGACACUACCGGAUCCAUGUCUGAUGACCUUCAGCAGUUAAAAUUAGUCAAUGGAUGGCUCCUUGACAGAGUUUCACAGAGAUUCCCGUGUGGCGUGAGGCAGUACACCAUGGUGGAAUUUAAUGAUCCAGCUGUUGGGCCUGUAAAAUAUACUGUUUCAAAAUCUGAAUUUGGAGACUUCUUCAAUAAUAUCAAGGUGUAUGGAGGAGGAGAUUGCCCAGAAUUGGCUGUUGCUGGGCUGGAACUAGCCCUGAAAUCUUCACCCCAAAAUUCAUUCAUUUUGGUCCUGACGGAUGCUUCUGCUAAAGAUUACAAUAAUGCAACCCUAGUAAAUGACGUCUACUCACUGAUAGCUGAAAAGCAAUCACAGGUGUACUUUUUAAUUACCAAUCUUUGUUCAGGUGUAUAUGCUCCUGAUUUUAUGAUAUACAGAGAGAUUGCACAAAGGAGCUUUGGACACGUAUUUGAAGUUAGUCUAUCAGAGCUGGGAAAAGUGAUGUAUUAUUUGGACUUUACACUUUCCAGGCCUGUUAACAGCUCCAGACGACUGUUCUCAAAAGAAUAUAAUGGGGGCAAACAUGCUGAUAAUUUUUCAGUUACAGAUAUUUUUACUGCUCUAAUAGUGACCACAGAUGGAGUGUUUUACUCAAUAAAGCUAACUGGACCAGACAGUUCUGAUGUUAAAACAAAAGUCAUUGUAUCUGAAACUUGGGGAUCCAUGCACCUUGUGAAAAAACCUACUCCAGGAAAUUGGAAAAUGAAUGUCCAUGUUGAAAGUUCAGGUUCUGUACGUGUGGAGGGCUUUCAAGCAACGAACACGACAUCAGCAGUAAAUUGCUCACAGUGUCACCCAUAUGCUACUUGUGAAGAAUAUCUUAAUAUCCAAGAGUGUUCCUGCAAUGAUGGUUUCAUUGGAGAUGGAUCCACAUGCUCUGAUAUUGAUGAAUGCGAGUACGAUUGGUCCAACAAUUGCUCUUCACCUUUUAGUGUCUGUACAAACACUUUUGGUUCAUACAGAUGUGACUGCAUUAGUGGAUACACCAAAAACUCAAGUAAUGAAUGUUUUGACCCAAAUGAAUGUUUGAACUCUAGCCACAGCAGAUGUGAUGGUAUAGCCAAAUGUAUGAAAACCAAUAGUAACUGGUCCUGUUCAUGCCCACCUGGCUAUUAUGGAGAUGGGUUCCAUUGUGAGAUUGAUGAAUGCACAAACAAUGUCUGUGGACAAGGAAUGGAGUGUAUCAAACAAAAGGGAUCCUACCAAUGUUCAGAUCCGUGUUUCAACCAUACCAUUCUUGAAGAACCAUGGAGAAGCAUGUCCAACCCAAUGGAUAGCCAUUAUUGUGACAUUGAUAAAUUUGGGUGGUAUAGAUUCUUAGGCAGUGGAGGAAUUCGCAUGUCAGAAAUCUGUGUACCACAAGAAAGAUGUGGCACUAGUGCCCCAAUGUGGAUAAGUGGUACACACCCCAUACUCUCUGAUAGAAUUGUAAAUCGUACAGCUUGUGCUCACUGGAAUAAUAACUGUUGUCAAUGGUCAACCUCAGUUCAAAUUAAGGCUUGUCCAGGUGGAUACCAUGUCUAUAAUUUACACGGAACUCCAUUUUGCAGAUUGGCUUAUUGUACAGAUCCUUCUUCUCUAAAUGACUCCUGUUCAUUAUGUGCAUCAGAUGAAGAAUGCCGUCUGGUGGAUGGAAAAUAUGGUUGCUAUUGUAAAGCUAGACAUGAAAUAGUUGGCAUUGAAGACUUAGAUGUGGAUCUGAUCUGUAAUCAACAUGAAAUGAAAGCUUCCGUCAGAACCUGCCAGCUGAAGAGUCUUCAUCUAAAUACCACAAGUGUGCACCUUGCAGACAAUAACUGUGUUGGAUUUAAAGAUGUCGGAAAGACCAGUUUAAUUUCUGCUGUGUCUCCUCUUAAAGUGGGAAAAUGUGGUACUCAGCUAUCUAGGAAUAAAACACAUGCUAUCUACUCAAACACUUUGCAUGUGUCUUUGGAAACAAACCAGAUUAUCAUGAGAAAUCAGGAAUUCCAGGUGCGAUUUGCUUGCGCCUAUCCAUUGGAUAUGAAGCUCAGCCUUGAAACUUCCUUAAAACCAGUACUCAGUGCCAUGAGUUUUACCCUUGAAGGAACAGGAACAUUUACGAUGCAGAUGGCAGUCUACAAAGAUCAGAGCUUUCUCUCCCCUUAUGAGGGUAAAGAAAUAGCGCUAUCAACACAAUCAUCAUUAUACGUUGGCGUCAUCCUGGAUGAACCAGAUACUUCUCAGUACGCCGUGGUGAUGAAGAAUUGCUAUGCCACUCCAACCAGGAACGCUGAUGAUCCCGUUAAAUAUUACAUAAUAAAGGAUAGAUGUCCUAACAAGCAGGACUCAUCUAUAAGAGUGUUUGAAAAUGGCGUCUCUGCAAUUGGAAAAUUUUCGGUUCAGAUGUUCAAGUUUGUGGGAGAUUAUGACCGGGUUUACUUGCACUGCGAAAUUAAUCUGUGCAAUAUUACAACAGGAAUGUGUCAGCCUACUUGUUCUGGAAUUCGACCUCGCAUUUUUAUCCCUGAAACUGACUAUGCUUUGUUCUUGGGACCCAUCAUUUUAGGUGAGCUAAGAAUCUGGAUUUAA